CGGCCACCCGAGGAUGCCGCCGCCCGGCGACGAGGAUCGCGCGCGCCGUCGCCGCCGCCACCGCCGGAGGGACCUUCUGCUGAGCCAGCUCUGCUUCCUGGCCUCGGUGGCGCUGCUGCUCUGGUCGCUGUCGAGCCUGCGGGAGCAGAAGGAGCUUGACCUCAUGGACCUCAUUGGGGAAGACAGAAAAUGGAUGGUGGGGAGGAAGCUGAUGCAGGUGAAUGACACUCUGACUUCUGAAGAUGCAGGACUCUGGAGCAGCAAGAACUGCACUGAACCAGCCCUGCAUGAAUUCCCCAGGGACAUCUUUUCCAAUGAAGACAGAAGACAAGGAGCGGUGGUCCUCCAUGUGCUCUGUGCCAUGUACAUGUUCUAUGCCCUGGCCAUUGUGUGUGAUGACUUCUUCGUUCCAUCCUUGGAAAAGAUCUGUGAGCGCCUCCACCUCAGUGAAGAUGUGGCAGGGGCCACAUUCAUGGCAGCAGGCAGCUCUGCCCCAGAGCUGUUCACAUCGGUCAUAGGAGUUUUCAUCACCAAGGGUGAUGUGGGAGUCGGCACCAUAGUGGGAUCUGCUGUGUUCAACAUCCUGUGCAUCAUCGGUGUCUGUGGGCUCUUUGCAGGGCAGGUUGUGGCUCUUUCCUCCUGGUGCCUGCUGAGGGAUUCUAUCUACUACACGUUGUCUGUGGUCGCGCUCAUUGUGUUCAUUUAUGAUGAAAAAGUGUCUUGGUGGGAGUCUCUGGUCCUUGUGCUGAUGUACCUCAUCUACAUUGUCAUCAUGAAAUACAAUGCAUGCAUACAUCAGUGCUUCGAAAGGAGGACGAAAGGUGCUGGGAACAUGGUCAAUGGACUGGCCAACAAUGCUGAAAUCGAUGACAGCAGCAACUGUGACGCAACUGUGGUGCUACUUAAGAAAGCCAAUUUCCACCGCAAAGCGUCAGUAAUCAUGGUGGACGAGCUGCUGUCAGCCUACCCACACCAGCUUUCUUUCUCUGAGGCUGGCCUUCGAAUUAUGAUCACGAGUCACUUUCCCCCCAAGACCCGCCUCUCCAUGGCCAGUCGCAUGUUGAUCAAUGAGAGACAAAGACUGAUAAACAGCAGGGCAUAUGCCAAUGGAGAAUCUGAGGUGGCCAUCAAAAUUCCAAUUAAACACACAGUGGAGAAUGGAACAGGGCCCAGCAGUGCCCCAGACAGAGGCUUGAAUGGGACUCGGAGGGACGAUGUGGUCGCUGAGGCUGGCAAUGAGACAGAGAAUGAGAACGAGGAUGAGAACAACGAGAAUGACGAGGAGGAAGAAGACGAUGAGGAUGAUGAUGAAGGGCCAUACACACCAUUCGACCCCCCCUCCGGCAAACUGGAAACAGUGAAAUGGGCAUUCACCUGGCCACUGAGUUUUGUCUUGUACUUCACUGUCCCCAACUGCAACAAGCCCCACUGGGAGAAAUGGUUUAUGGUGACAUUUGCUUCCUCCACAUUGUGGAUCGCAGCCUUCUCCUACAUGAUGGUGUGGAUGGUCACCAUCAUCGGUUACACUCUGGGCAUCCCUGAUGUCAUCAUGGGGAUCACCUUUCUGGCUGCUGGAACCAGUGUGCCUGACUGCAUGGCCAGCCUCAUCGUGGCCAGACAAGGGAUGGGGGAUAUGGCCGUGUCCAACUCCAUCGGGAGCAACGUGUUUGACAUCCUGAUUGGCCUCGGUCUCCCCUGGGCUUUACAGACUCUGGCUGUGGAUUAUGGAUCCUAUAUUCGGCUGAAUAGCAGAGGGCUGAUCUAUUCUGUGGGCUUGCUCCUGGCCUCUGUCUUUGUCACGGUGUUUGGCGUUCACCUGAACAAAUGGCAGCUGGACAAGAAGCUGGGGUGUGGGUGCCUCUUCCUGUACGGUGUGUUCCUGUGCUUCUCCAUCAUGACAGAGUUCAACGUGUUCACCUUUGUGAACUUGCCCAUGUGCGGGGACUAACGAUCUGCCAGGCCACCUGCCGAGGCCCAGGUCCUUCUUUUCUGUGCAAUACGAGACCCGGCCGCACCUGAGUCAUGCAAGGGAGCCCCCCAGGGCCGCAGCGUCCGUCUCUCCCAUGCUGUCCCCAGGCCUCCGCUCCUGUCCUGGUGGCCUAGGCUCUCCCUGCCACCUCCUUUGCUCCCCAACCUCCUUGAUCCUACCUCCUACCCAGUCCCUCUCCCCUGCCCUCUUGACCCUCCCUGCCUCCUCCAUGUGAAGACAUCCAAUAUCCACGUGAAUUUUCAAGCUCCAUUUUUGAACAGUGACUGAGAUUCUAGAACAAAACUGGCUGCUAACUGGCCCAAGCCAGGCACAACUUACUCCAGUCCUUCCUUUUUUAAGUUAUUUCACAGAAGAUACCCUAAUUUAUGACCAGAGACUAUUGAGGAAACAGAGAGGAGAGGGUCCACUGUUAGCAGGGAGUGUUUGGAGGUGAUUCCUAGAUUGCUGGGUUUGAGGGAUUGUUUUAUUUUGAGGGAUCUCCGUUUUAUUACUUUUUUUCCAGAGAUGAAGGACUCCCCCUGCGUCUUCUUUCACUGGGCUCUGGCUUAAUAGAUGAUCCACAGACUUUACUGUGUGUCUCCUGGGGGUAAACCCCAGGCAUGUUGGAGCUUGAGUGGAUUUAGCAGUUAGUUGGAAAACCACUGAGUGAGGCCACCAGGAAAUAAAUGCAUGACAUUUUCAGCCCAAGGACACCUCGCUGAAGUCCUAAGGGCAUCACCUAGCGGGGCGUAAGGUGUUACAGGGAGAAGCCUGCUUCGCACAUGUUCACUAUGACCAUCUGUUUCUCACUAGGUUCUUUCUAGUUUUUCAAGCAAUAGUUCUAGCCUGCCUGAGGCCUUUGACAAGGGGCCCUGGCUAACUGUCCAUCUGCAAAGCGCCGGGCAGUCAACGACAGAAAUUUCCCCAGCGUGUGAGUCCUUCAUGUACUCUUGUUGCUUGGCAUUUGGGGUGACAGGGAGUGGUCCAGAGGCCACCACUGUUCUCUGGGCAGGAGUUCCAGACACUGGUUUCUUGGAAAAUGGAGAGAAGCGCAUUUUGCACAGAUGUCGUCAAAGAAGUCCCAAUUUGCCGCUUGGUAUGGAGUACACUGGACCCUAACAGCAGGCUCUUGGGCGAACAUCUUUCUUCACAGGAUGCCACCGCCAAGCUGGCCAGUUUCACCCCUCCCUUCCUAGAGGGAUGGCCAGGGAGGGAGAAAGCAGAGAACUGACACCUUGGAAACCACAGAAUGUGUUAACCGCUGACUGGCUCAAGGGCAUAAGUUAUUGUGAACAUUUCGCCAAUCACUGCUCAACCGCCCUGCUAGAUUUUGUAUGAUGCUGAAUUAUUACACAGAUUACUUCCACCGAAUUGAGAUACACCCAUGCUUGUUACACUUGUAUUUAUUGAAACUGUGGAUUCUUGCCCGCCCGUGCUGUCCCUUGUAUUUACUUUAAGCACUGAUCACUUACCAUUCAUUCAGUAUGGUUUUCCCAGUCCCUUGUACACAUCCUGGUGUGAAUUGUAAAAAUAACCUGCUACAAAUUGGUUGACUGUUUCUGUUUGGAGUACAAGCCGAGGGGCAGCUUCAGCCCAGGGCACAUAAGCCCAAAGGACCAGGAGAGAAAAUCACCAAUUUGGGCUCUCAGAGCUAAGACACACUUAUUGAUUCGGUUGCACAUUUUGCACUGGUUUAUGGCAAUUGUUUUCUUGGACGGAUGGUGUAAAAUAAACUUCUCUGUUCUGUAUC